GGGCCGCAGGGCUGGUGCUCACGUGGGUGUGCGGGUGUCUUCCCGGCCGUGACCGCGGGGCGCGCUGAGCUUGGGCCUGGUUGGGGGGACGAUGAGCGGCGGCCGGCGGAAGGAAGAGCCGACGUCGCACUCGCACUCGCAGCAGCACCUGGUGGCCAACGGCGGGGGCGGAGUGUUGCGGGGCUCGCUCUGGAGUAAAGCUUUGCGGAGCGACACCGCCUGGGAGGACAAGGAUGAAUUUCUAGAUGUCAUUUACUGGUUCCGGCAGAUCAUUGCUGUUAUUUUGGGAGUGAUCUGGGGCAUUGUUCCAUUGAAGGGAUUUGUAGGCAUAAUAAUAUUCUGUAUCAUAAAUGCUGCGGUCCUGUACCUCUAUUUCAGUGGCUUUCAGCAAAUAGACGAAGAGGAGUAUGGUGGAACAUGGGAACUAACAAAAGAAGGGUUCAUGACAUCUUUUGCAUUGUUUUUGGUUGUCUGGAUAAUCUUCUACACUGCCAUCCAUUAUGAUUGACAGAGUCAGCCAACUCACUUGUCUUAAGAGAUUGAAGAACACUUUAAGGAACAGGUUUUGGACUGGAGGAUGAUUAGAAUAAGCCAGCUUUUGUACCCAUGGUCCAAGGAAAUGAGAUAAGCCUCAUGGCUUUUGAGAAGAGAAGUUGAGUCUGUUUUGAUUAUUUUUUAAAAUAUUGCUUUUCCAGAACUUAAAAAAAAGCCAUCAGUGUUUUGCAAACAGUACAAGACUGUUCAACCUUGCAGCCCUCUCUGUGACUUUAUCCAGCACAGCAAUGACAAAUCUCAGUAUCCUGAAAGGGUGUUCUUAUUGAUUUGUGCCCAUUACAUUGUCCUAUCUGAAUGAGAUCUAUUCAAAUUGUGAAUUGUCUUCCAUUCAUUAGACAUACAGUUUUAAAACAGUAGCCAUCAUGAGGCUUCUGUCAGGACAAAUGCUAUAGAAUAUAUUAUAAAGAACAGAUUUUGAUGGUUGUCUCAGCUUGUUUUAAGAAAAUUAAAGAUCUGAUGUAAUUGAUUGUAUUAAGUAUUAAUGUCUUUAACUGAUUCAUUGAGGGUUUCUUAAAUUUUGGCUACUUGGCAAUAUUAGAAGAAUAAUCUACAGAUUGCUUCCUAAAAUUUGGGAUUUUAAUUUCAGAAUGAGUAGUGCUGGGCUUAUUUGGCUUGAUUGUCAGACGUUCACUAUGGUUAAGGAACAUCUUAAUGGUUCAAUUAGCCAACUAAUUCAGUUCUCAGAGCCUACCUCAGAAUUCAGUGGUCUAAAUGCACAAAAUAAUCCAAGACAUAUUUCAGAACUCAGUUAUUUUGGAACCUUUAUAGACUUUUGAAAUUCAAACACAACAGUUAAGGCAGCUAAUGUCUUGUACAUGAAGCUAAUGCUUUCAGGUUAGACUGACCUGCAGUUUUAGUUCUCAACUUUGUGAUGAUUAAAUAACAUCAUCAAAGAUAAUAAUGACAUUGACUGUAUACUAGUUUAGGGUACUUACAAUUCUUGACUGUAGAUACUGUCUAAAUCCAUUUUUAAAUACAUGCAUUACUAUCUGUAUGGGUAUCUGUAGGAAGUAGCCUGUCCUUAGAAUUGGAUCUACAUGUACUAUUCUUAAUCUGAGGCUACAAUCCUAGACAUGCCUACCUGAGAACAGGUCCUGUUGAAUCCCACAGGAUUUCUCAUAGAUGUGCAUAGGAUUGCACCCGAAGUUGGGCAGGAAAGGGAGAUUUGCACUAAAACUGCCUUAUGGUGAGAAACUGACUUGAGUCUUAACACACUGUGGAUGAAUUCCUAAUUCUUCUUGCUCUUCUGUUAAGCUGAAGUUUUUUUUCAUAUUUGACUCCAUGAGGUACUUUUCAGUAUUGUACAAUAUCAUCUUGACUUUCCUUCUCUUACUACUAAGUCCUAACGUCAGAGAUUCUGCUGAAAGAGUGUCAAGGGAGAAGUUCUGUAGGUGCUGAGGGCCAUAGCUGGCAUUGCUCUUGCAUUCUUUUCCAAUUUACUGAAUCUGCCCUUCUGGUGUGUGGAUUGUCCUUCAUAUUCCCCAUAUAAAUUGGAAUAGACAAUUUUUCCUAAGCAACUUGGCAUCUGCAGGGUUUAAGUUGCAUUUCCUAAUCAGCAUCUGAUUUCAUUUACUUUAAGCUUCAGCCACCCACCAAAUAAAAUAAAUCAUUUUAUACCUGAAGAUCUCUAAUAAAUGUCAUAUCAAGAA